AUGAAGAGCGAGCUGAGCAGGAAUUCCUCAGGAGUGACCGAGUUCAUUCUGCUGGGCUUCAGAACAGCUCCAGACAUACAGAUCCUCUUAUUCCUAUUCUUCUUGCUGGUCUACGUGGUCACUGUGGUGGGAAAUGUCAGCAUGAUAAUUGUCAUCAGGAUGGACUCGAGGCUUCACACGCCCAUGUAUUUCUUCCUUAGACACUUGUCCUCUGUAGAUCUCUGCUACUCCACAGUCAUUGCUCCCAAAACUUUAGCCAACUUCCUGUCUCAUGAAAAGAAGAUUUCCUACAAUGGCUGUGCAGCCCAGUUUUUCUUCUUCGCUCUGUUUGUCACAACUGAAAGCAUUCUUUUGGCUGUCAUGGCCUUCGAUCGAUUCUCGGCCAUUUGCUCCCCUCUCCUUUACCCUGUGCACAUGUCCCAGAAAGUGUGCGCUCAGCUGGUGACUGGCUCCUACAUCUGUGGAGGCCUCAACUCCAUGGUCCACACAGGAUUCACCUUCAGCUUGCGUUUCUGUGGAGAAAACCGCCUGGACCACUUCUUCUGUGACGUCCCAGCCCUGAUCAAGAUCUCAUGUGUAGACACGUCUGUGAAUGAGAUGGUGCUGCUCAUCCUCUCCGCCCUCAUCAUUGUCACCACCACGACUGUCAUCCUGGUUUCCUAUGCUUACAUACUCUCCACUGUCCUGAAGAUCCCCUCCACCCACGGCAGGGGUAAGACCUUCUCCACCUGUGGCUCCCACAUGGCCACGGUGACUUUGUUCUAUGGGACCGUGUUCUUCAUGUACGCCCAGCCCGGGGCCAUCUCCUCCCCAGGGCAAAACAAGGUCGUGGCUGUACUCUACACACUCAUCAUCCCAAUGCUAAACCCUCUGAUAUACAGUCUGAGAAACAGAGACGUGAAAGAUGCUGUGAGAAGAGUGCUGCACAGGAAGUGA